AUGUCUGCUUUUCUACGCACCAUUCCUACCAUUAGAUCGUCGGUCUUGCGUUCCGCAAAACUGCAAUUGAGAGCGUACGCGUCCUACCCACCACACACCGUGAUUGGCAUGCCUGCAUUGUCGCCAACAAUGACACAGGGCGGUCUGGCCGUGUGGUCCAAGAAAGUCGGUGACCAGCUAGAACCAGGCUGUGUGCUGGCCGAAAUCGAGACCGACAAGGCACAGAUGGAUUUCGAGUUCCAAGAAGACGGGUUUUUGGCCAAGACCUUGGUCCCAGAAGGUACCAAGGAUUUGCCCGUGGGCAAGCCUAUCGCCGUGUACGUCGAGGACGAGGCCGACGUGGCCGCGUUCAAGGACUUCACCGUCGAGGACUCGGGCGCCGCCGACAAAGCUGCCGCCCAGAAACCAGCUGCCGACAAGACUCCAGACGCCAAGCCAGCUGCGUCGUCUGGUGACAAGCCCGUGGCCAAAAAACAGGCUUCUGCCAGCUCUAGUGCCCCAACAGACAGAAUCAUUGCCUCUCCGCUAGCCAAGACCAUUGCUUUGGACAAGGGGAUCUCUCUAAAGGCCGUCACCGGUACCGGACCCAACGGCAGAAUCACCAAAUCUGAUGUGGAAGAGUAUCUACAAAAGGCUCCUGCGUCGUCGUCGUCGUCGUCUGCUGCUGCUCCAGCUGCUGCUGGCGCCUCGGCUACUGCCCAGUACGAAGACGUGCCAAUCACCACGAUGAGAAAGAUUAUCGGCGACCGUUUGCUAGAGUCCACCUCCGGCACUCCUUCAUACAUUGUGUCGUCUCAGAUAUCCGUUUCCAAGCUCUUGAAAUUGAGACAAUCAUUGAACGCUUCCGGCAAGGACCAAUACAAGCUUUCUGUCAACGACAUGCUCAUCAAGGCCAUCACUGUGGCCGCUCAAAGAGUUCCUGACGCCAACGCUUACUGGAUGGCCGCAGAGGGCGUCAUUCGUAAGUUCAGAAACGUGGACGUGUCCGUGGCCGUGGCCACGCCCCAGGGUCUUCUGACCCCGAUCGUCAAGAACGCCGACUCCAAGGGUCUGGUUUCCAUUUCCCAAGAGAUCAAGGAGCUGGGGAAGCGCGCCAAGAUCAACAAGCUCAAGCCCGAAGAAUUCCAAGGCGGUACCAUCUGCAUCUCCAACAUGGGCAUGAACGACGCCGUUUCCAUGUUCACCUCCAUCAUCAACCCACCCCAGUCCACUAUCCUGGCCAUCGGUACCGUGCAGAGAGUACCCGUCGAAGACGCUGGCGCCGAGUACGGUUUCUCUUUCGACGACAAGAUGAACAUCACCGGUACUUUUGACCACAGGACCAUUGACGGAGCCAAGGCUGGCGAGUUCAUGAAAGAGUUGAAGAAGGUUAUCGAGAACCCGCUAGAAAUGCUGUUGUAA